AUGGCGGCGUUGGAGAAUAUGGCUGCUGCUAUACAAGCCACUGCGGAGGCUCUUGGACAACAGAUAAACAAUAAUGCCAAGGAGUUGGAGUUACUGCAGCUGAAGCAAGGUGCUAUGUCCGUAUCUGAGUAUACAGACAAAUUUGAGGAGCUAUUCAGGUUUUCCCGCAUGUGUCAAGGAGCUCCGGGAGACUUCGAGGAAUGGAAAUGCAUUAAGUAUGAAGGAGGGCUCUGGAGCGACAUCUUAAGUUCAGUGGGACCAAUGGAGAUUCGAACUUUUUCAGAGUUGGUGAAUAAGAGCAGAAUUGCUGAAGAGUGUAUGAAGAGGAUGGUUGCAGAGAAACCUGAUGGUGCGAGUGGUGAUGCUUUUGUAAAAGAGGGCUUUUCAAAUUGGAAAAAGAAGGAGCGAUUACAAACACAUGUUGGAAAUCAUGAUAAUCAAGCUAAAAAAGAUUACCGAACUCACUUAACAGCAACAAUUGAGUGCAUUAGGUUCUUAUUGCAACAAGGAUUGGCAUUUCGUGGUGAUGAUGAAUCACACAAUUCAAACAAUCAAGGUAAUUUUUUGGAGCUUCUUGACUUUCUUGCUCAACAUAAUACAGAGAUUGAUCGUGUUUUCAAAAAUGCUCGUGGAAACCUUAAACUAGUAGCACCUAAAAUUCAAAAAGAUAUUGUUAGAGCUGCUGCAAGUGAAACUAUUAAAGUUAUUAUUGAUGAUCUUGGAGAUAAUUUAUUUGCUGUUUUAGUUGAUGAAGCUCGAGACAUUUCUGUUAAAGAGCAAAUGGCUGUUUGUUUGCGGUAUGUGAAUAAAGAAGGAAUUGUAAUGGAGCGAUUUCUUGGCCUUGUCCAUGUUUCUAGCACAAAUGCGUUGUCGUUAAAAGUAGCUUUGGAAUCUUUAUUAGCAAAGCAUAGUUUAAGCUUAGCAAGAAUACGUGGACAAGGUUAUGAUGGAGCUAUUGGAGCUUCUUGUAAACGUAAAGACAUGCUUCGUGAAAGUCAAAUGCAAAAGACAAUUGUUGCAUUACAAAACGGAGAUGUUUCUAGUGGGCGUGGCUUAAAUCAAGAAACAACAUUGAAAAGGGCAGGUGAUACUCGAUGGGGCUCACAUUAUGGUACAAUACUUAGAGUUACUAAUGAGUUGUCUCAAGCUCUACAAAGAAGUGAUCAAGACAUUAUAAAUGCUAUGACAUUGGUUAAAGUAUCCAAGCAACGAUUGCAAAGUAUAAGAGACGAUGGUUGGUCCUCUUUGCUCAAUGAAGUUUCACUAUUUUGUGAUAGUCACAAUAUUCUUGUUCCAAAUAUGAAUGAGAUAUUUGUAACACAAGGAAGAUCAAGGCGCAAAAUCCAAAAAGUCUCAAACUUGCAUCAUUUUCAAGUUGAAUUAUUUUAUCAAGUGGUUGAUAGACAACUUCAAGAGUUCAACAAUCGACAACUUCAAGAGCUUAACAAUCGUUUUAUAGAGGUAAAUACCGAGCUACUUCUAUAUAUAGCUUGUUUGAAUCCAAGUGACUCGUUUUUUGCAUUUGAUAAGGAGAAGUUGCUUCGUUUAGCUGAAUUUUAUCCACGUGAAUUUUCUUCUACUCAACUUUUGGCACUUGAUAGUCAACUUGAGAAUUUUAUAUUGGAUAUGCGUCUUGAUGAUCAAUUCUCAAAUAUAAAUGGAAUCAGUGGACUAUCUCAAAAAUUAGUUGAGACAAAAAAGCAUGUUGUUUAUCCAUUGGUGUUUCUUCUAUUGAAAUUAGCUUUGAUUCUACCUGUGGCAACGGCAUCAGUUGAGAGAACAUUUUCUGCUAUGAAUAUCAUAAAGAGUCGACUUCGUAAUCGAAUGGGAGAUGAGUGGUUAAAUGAUUGUUUGGUUACAUAUAUAGAAAGAGAGACAUUCAAUCAAGUUGAUAAUGAAACAAUUAUUCAACAUUUUCAAAAUAUGAAAACAAGAAGAAAAGUACCUUCAAGAUUUGAAGCGAAGAAAGUUAGCGGCUAA